AUGUCUUCUGACUGGAUCCAUGAAGGUAGAAGACCAGCAGGUAUAGCCGGUGCAUGUGUUUUGUUGGCUGCAAGAAUGAAUCAUAUCAACAGAACCCAUGCAGAAAUUGUUGCAGUGGCGCGUGUGGGAGAGGAGACGAUUCAGAAAAGACUUAACGAAUUCAAGAACACCACUUCUGCAAACCUUACAAUCAGCGAGUUUAGAGACUCUCAGAACUCCAAUGACUCAUUACCACCUUCAUACAAAAAGAAUAGGGCAAUCGAGAAGAAGGUCCACUUGAUUCUAAAAGAAAGGGAAAUGGCGUUACGGAGAUUUCAGCAGCUUGCAAAGGGGAAGCAGCUAAUCAGCACAUUGGGGAUUGAGUUGGGUGAGAGGAUACACAAGGAUGGAAGACGGGAACUGAAAGAUGCCGAUCAUACAAGUGAGACACAUGACGAUGAUGCAAACGAAGGCUCGCUGGCUUCUUUAACAGGAACUAAUAAACACAAGCAAAAUACUAGAACAGCUUCUGACACCAACGAAGAGGAUGCUUCAACUGAACUUGAAGGUUCAAAAAAACAAACACAAAUCAUUAUUUCUUCAACCCAGAUAGAAGAUGAAAGAAGACGAGGACGAAGAAGACGAAGGAAGAUGGCAAAAGGAAGAGGACGAUGA